GGGACUGUCCAUAACUUUAAAGGGUGCCUCGGGACUGUCCAUAAUUUUAAAGGGUGCCUCGGGACUCUCCAUAAUUGUAAAGGGUGCCUCAAGACUGUCCAUAAUUUUAAAGGGUGCCUCAGGGCUCUCCAUAAUUUUAAAGGGUGCCUCAAGACUGUCCUUAAUUUUAAAGGGUGCCUUAAGACUGUCCAUAAUUUUAAAGGGUGCCUCAAAACUGUCCAUAAUUUUAAAGGGUGCCUCAAGACUGUCCAUAAUUUUAAAGGGUGCCUCGGGACUGUCCAUAACUUUAAAGGGUGCCUCGGGACUGUCCAUAAUUUUAAAGGGUGCCUCGGGACUCUCCAUAAUUGUAAAGGGUGCCUCAAGACUGUCCAUAAUUUUAAAGGGUGCCUCAGGAGUGUCCGUAAUUUUAAAGGGUGCCUCUGGACUGUCCAUAAUUUUAAAGGGUGCCUCAAGACUGUCCAUAACUUUAAAGGGUGCCUUGGGACUGUCCAUAAUUUUAAAGGGUGCCUCAGGAGUGUCCAUAACUUUAAAGGGUGC